UUUUUUAAAUACAGACGGGAUUCAACAUUAAAAAAAAAAUAAUAAGAUACCUUAAAAAAAAUGCGUUUGAAUACAGAGCAACGAAUUAAAAUCAUACCGAGGGCCAGCUCAGGAAGCAGUCGAAUGGUUGGUUGCGGUCGAAUUUAGCAAAACACUGGAACAAGGUUAAUCGGCAAAACGUACGUUUUGGGAAAAAUCUUAAUCGUCACUGGAUGAGUCCAACGAAGAUCCAAGGUGCCGCAGAAUGGCAGACGAAGAGGAUGAGACCGGCUUCGAGGAGGAGUUGGACGAGACCUGCGGUGGAGUGGAUGUGUGCCACGGCCGGAGAAAGAGGCUCUUCUCCAAGGAGCUCCGGUGCAUGAUGUACGGCUUCGGAGACGACCAGAACCCGUACACUGAGUCGGUGGAUAUCCUGGAAGACCUGGUGAUCGAGUUCAUCACAGAAAUGACCCACAAAGCCAUGUCCAUCGGACGCCAGGGUCGCGUCCAGGUGGAGGACAUCGUCUUCCUCAUUCGAAAGGAUCCCAGGAAAUUCGCCAGAGUCAAAGACCUGCUGACCAUGAAUGAGGAGCUCAAGAGGGCCCGCAAAGCUUUUGACGAGGCAAACUAUGGCUCAUAAACACCAGCUGAAACAAUUGCAAACACACUCACAGUUAUUUGAUCUAUUUUUUGACAUCUAUUUUGUACCAAUCGUAGCUGACUUUGGUAUACCUGGAUUGGUCGGCAGUCAAUCACAAGACGCAGACAAACAAGCUUUCACACCUAUGGACAAAUUAAUCUCCCGUGAACCUAACGUGCAUGUUUUUGGACAGUAAAUACAUUAUUUACUGACAUGUGCACACAGUACUUUACCUUGUUUUGAAAAUGUAAUCAUUUUUUUAAGUAAAUGUUUUGCACCCUGUAACCCUUUAAAUAAACGUAUGUUUAUGUUUGACCAGACAA